GCCAAUCACAUCGACACAACAACCCUCACUUGGGAGUUGGAAACUUUUUGGUAUCCAUUAUUUCUCCAAACCAAACAAGCCCCAGCUGAGAGAAAGACCAUGAGGGCAUUAUACAACUUUGCUGCUAGCCCUCCGAAUUUACGAUUUUGCCACUCACCCUAUUCUCUCUCCACAAAACUCCCAUUUCUUCUUCUUCUUCUUCCACCAACCCAAUUCUCAUCUCUCCGAAACCCAAUCAGUCGUCAGAAUUCCCAGAGACCCAGUUCGUGUUUUUCAUCUGGGUCCGUGAUCAGAGCGUCAAUGGCGGCUUCUACUCCUCCAUCAUCAGGCACAGAGACGGAAACCAAACCGUUCUCUGUCCUGUUUGUGUGCUUGGGUAACAUCUGCAGAAGCCCAGCUGCAGAAGGAGUCUUCACUGACUUGGUCAAGAAAAGAGGUUUGGAUUCCAAGUUCAAGAUUGACUCUGCUGGCACCAUUGGUUAUCAUGAGGGAAACCAAGCAGACCCAAGGAUGAGGGCAGCCUCUAAACGGCGUGGGAUUGAGAUAACAUCUAUAUCGAGGCCUGUCCGGCCAUCUGAUUUUAGAGACUUUGAUUUGAUUCUCGUGAUGGACGAGCAGAAUAGAGAGGAUAUAUUGGAGGCAUUUAAUCGGUGGAAAUUUAGAGAACCUCUGCCUGAAGACGCUCAUAAGAAGGUCAAGUUAAUGUGUUCUUAUUGCAAGAGGCACGAGGAGACUGAAGUGCCGGAUCCAUAUUUUGGUGGACAACAAGGCUUUGAGAAGGUUUUGGAUUUACUCGAGGAUGCUUGUGGAUCAUUGCUUGACAGCAUAUUGGCAGAGAACAAAAGCAUUUAGGAAAAAAUGAUGGUUGAAAGCUAGUUGAUCCGAUGUCUGGAUUUGGUUUGAUGAACAAGUUGUAUAUGCACAACCACAAUGCUUAUUUGCUGGUGAUGUAAAGUCUAUUCUUGCUCGUGAUGUAAAUUAAUGACUUGUUCUGCAUUGUGUCCAUUAUGCUAGAUGAUCAGUGGACCCUGAAAAUGUCUUCUGAUGGAUGUUCCAUUUGAGUGUUUCUAAAAAUUGUUUGAUGACGUCAUGACUCUGGUUAUUUGGGCCUUCUGGCUGUGGCUAAUGACUUGUUGGGUAUUAACAAAUAAAAACCAUUUCCCCCUUAAAAAAAAAGCCAUUUUCCCCUAAAACCCGUUUCAGAUGGUUGGUCCCAAAAUAAUGAAAUAUGAGGUCCAUAGAUACGGUCCUCUUUCUCCCUGUUGA